AUGACAAAUACUGAACACAACACUGAAACUGUUGAAAUUGCAAGUGCGAGUACAGGGAUGGUGACGACAAACAUCGAUCAUCAUCAUCCUCUAUAUCUACAUCCAUCAGAUGCACCAGAUGAUAACUACAUUUGGGAAGAUUUGAAGGAAAGAUUUGAUAAAGUGAACAGUUCAAGAGCUUUCCAGUUGCACAAGGAUAUUUUCACUUUGUGGCAAGGUGUGCUCUCAGACUUAAUGUAUUACUCGAGGCUCAAGGAUCUCUGGGAUGAAUAUGAUUCCAUUGUGCCUCCACCAGCUUGUUGUCCCAAAUCAAAGGAGUUCAUUGAUCACCUUCAAUAUCAGAGAAUGUUACAGUUUUUUAUGGGACUUAAUGACAGACACCUAAGAGUUUAUUGUUUAAAGCUAAUGAAGUGUGACUUUUGUCACAGGACUGGUCAUCUUCAAAUAUACUGCUACAAGCUUAUUGGAUAUCCUGAUAACUUCAAGGGAAAGGUGAAAAAGGCAAAUGCAAUAACAGGAGGUAAUUUUCACUUGGAUGGAACUUGUUCUUAUCAGCAGGAGAAGAUGCAGCAUCAUCAGCAAGAUAUGCAGCAGAUGCAGUAA